AUGAAGUUGCUAAAACUCUUCCUCGCUCUCUCAGCAACAAUAGCUACCGUUGCAGCUUUGCAUUUAGACAAUUACAAUGAAAAAUCAAGCAAGCAAAGUGAACUCUCAUUGUCUGAAAUCCAAGAAGGAACUUCCUUACGAGGGGUUGGCCGCUUCCUGGCUCAACAAAACCUGAAAACAAAUCUGAAAUGCAAUAAGUUCCCGCGAAUUUGUCGACAGAAAACAAGUCCAGGACCAGAUUGCUGCAGCAAGAAAUGUGUUAAUGUGAAGAAGGACCGAUUGAACUGUGGUAGGUGUGGCCACAAGUGCAAGUACACUGAAACAUGCUGCAAGGGACAGUGUGUAAACGCAUCGUUCGAUAAAAGACAUUGCGGUGGAUGCAAUAAGAAGUGCAAGAAAGGGGAAUUUUGUGUUUAUGGGAUGUGUAGCUAUGCAUGA